AUGGAACAUUUCAGUUUUCCGGUGAUGGGCAUCCCACAGGCAGACGAACCUGGUGAUAAACUCCAAUCAGUAAUAGACAUGACAAAAAGGCAGCCUUAUAACCUUGCCAAAGAAGCGAAGGCAGAACAACGUCUAAAGAAACGUCAACAUCAUACACCACAGCGCUGGGACACAGAGCAGGGAACGGUUCUACUGAAGAUUAUUAACCUGGGCCGACCGACACUGAAUCCGCCUAACCGAAAGCCAUCACUUGUUUCGUCUGAAGGCCGAGAACAGAAUGAAUCUCAGGAGGAAAAACGAUUCCGGACGCAGCAGCUUCGCGCAUCCAGCCCAACGGGGCCGUCAAAUGCAAGGGGAAUGUGCAAUUCAUCAGAGGCCUUUGUUAAGAAAGAAACCCACAUUGAAAGCAUAACACGAAGCAAGGCGAAGCCUGGUGACGAAGGCUCGACCUAUAGAGCUCCGUACAUCAAUGAACAAAUCGGUUCUUGGGGCUUAAGAGAUAUGAAUGACACGGCAACGCGCUCGGAACUACCCAAACGUAGACAAUCCACAAUGAUCUAUGAUCGAAGCCUCGACCUGCAUCCAGCACCAUUGACGUACCGACGUAAGACGAAGAAGACGAACGACGCCUGA